AUGCCUCGAGUAGCCCAGAAUCCGCGUGGCAACAAUGGCCGGGUGGCAUCAGGCUCCCUGGCUGCGUCGCCAUUCAAAUCACCCGUCAAGUUGGUGCUUCUGGUUGCGACGCCGUUCAAGAUUCCCCUCAACGAUGAUGCUCAAGAGAAGGCCAAACGGCUGCAAUCGCGGCACGCGCUUCAUGAUAUCCAGAUGAACCAAAUCAAAGCUGCAGCAUCCCCUAUGCGGAAACUCACAAGCUUCGACAGAGCAGGCAGUUCCUCACCAUCUUCGAACCCGAAAACGCCGCGAUGCACAGCUGGAAAAGAGAAUGAUCUUGAUGGAGGAGUCAUGAUGGUCGGAGGAACAGCAGUUACCCCUAUGAAGCGCGUACCUAUACUUGCCAAUUUUGAGGAGUGGAUGAAGAUGGCUACGGACAACAAGAUCAACGCAACAAAUUCUUGGAAUUUCGCCCUCAUCGACUACUUCCACGACAUGUCGCUGCUGAAGGAGGGAGAUGGAGUCAACUUCCAGAAAGCCAGCUGUACCUUGGAUGGUUGUGUCAAAAUUUAUACGAGCAGAGUCGACAGCGUCGCGACGGAGACAGGAAAACUCCUGAGUGGCUUAGCCGACAGCGGAAAUAACAAGAAGAAAAAGGGCGAAAACGAAGAAGGAGAAGAGAGCGAGGAAGAAGUGGAGGAUGAAGAUGGAGUUGUCAGGAAGAAGCCUAAGAAGAGGACUGAGGAGAAAUGGGCAUCCCGUCCGCUCUGCCAUACACAAGCCUCAGAUCGGCAGAUUAGUAGUUGGGUGGGUGACCACCAGCGAAUACCUGCUGUUGCACAAAGAUCAUCAGAAGCAACUUUAGCAAGCUCGUUUGCAGCACUUCAACUGAAGAAGUUCGAGCUCGAAUUUUCAGUUGAUCCAUUAUUCAAAAAGGCUUCAGCAGAUUUCGACGAAGGGGGUGCAAAGGGUUUACUUUUAAAUCAUUUGGCAAUCGAUUCACAGGGCCGCAUCGUUUUCGACAGUAGUGACGAUGCAGGUGAUGCGUCGGGUGAGGGCAAAUCUACAAGACGAAAAGAUGACGCUCUCGAGGAGGAAGAGGAGAUUGAGCCCGACUCGAUGAUCGAAACUACAACGAAAGAGCUAGAAGAGGACGAGGAAGAUGUUGAAAUCGAUGUCGGGGCUUUAGGAGCCAAGUUCUUCCCAAGUCUGGACCGUCUGGACGAGCAAGAUAUCUGCCCUUCAUUGAAGAAUUUUGAUCUCGGCGAUCCAUCCGGCUCGAUGGAUAUUCCGUUCUUGAAGACUCCCGAAGACUGGCGGCAGGACAAGGACAAGCCUGCAGAGGACGGUGGAGUUGGGGAUAAAUCAGGUAUAUUUCUCGACGAUGACAAUCCAGCUGGCUUUGAAGACGACGAAGAUGGACUUCUCGGAAACUUCGACCUUCCUCCGGACACUGGCUUUGGUGAAGGAGGCGAAGCCUGGGCUCGCGAUGCUGCAAUCGAAACAAGAAUGCGUGUUCACGAUAUUGGAUUUGACAACGAUGGUAUGGGGGGCGGCGAUGGCGAAGAUGGGGACGGAGUGGGAGCAUUCAAUCCCGAGACCGGCGAGUACGCUGUAUCGAUGGAUCAUGGUGCGAAGGCUCAUGGCGGACAUGACGAUAUUCUGAGCUAUUUCGAUGAGGCCCUGCAUAAGAAUUGGGCCGGCCCUGAGCACUGGAGAAUCCGAAAGAUCAAGGACAUCAACAAGCCAGCUUCAGCAACCAAGACGCGAAAGGAAAAGGAGCCAUUUGAGAUAGACUUUCUGUCAUCUCUAAGCUCGACUCUCGCGGAGACGAUCUACACGCCGGCUGCGUCGAACACUGUCAUCUCACUCCCCAAGAAGGACUGGAAGUCAAAGACUAGGAAUCUACUGCCUGAUGAUAAACAUUUCAACUCGAAACAACUUCUUCGUCUUUUCUUGAAGCCAAGAGCCCGCAUGGGGACUAGAAGAUCUGGAUUUGGUGCGAAGAAUGCCUUUGGAAAUACAAAGGAAGAUGAAGCUCCCGAGGGUGAGAUGGAUGAGGCUUUCUGGGCUCGCAAGGAAGACCCUGUGGGAAUCGAUGAGGACGCUCCUCUACAAGGCGAUUAUGAUGCCAACUUCUUCCAAGAUGACGGCCUACCUAUGCCUGGAGAAAUUGGCGAUGACGACGAAAUGGAAUUUGCUGAUGCUCGAGAACACUUCUCCCCGGGUGCCGAAGAUCGUGGAGAAGGCGGCAUGGCUGGAAUGAACGAGAUUCUCAGUGGUGGGAUGACGCAGACCGCGGAGGGUGAGGAAGGCGCUUUUGGGACGCAACUUGUCACCCAGAGUCGCAGAUUGCGACCAGAAUAUGUACAAUAUGCCCGAGUUGCGAAGAAAGUUGACGUGCGUCGGCUGAAGGAGGAGUUGUGGAAGGGUAUGGGAAUUGACAGUCUCGAACCAGGUCUACCACCCCAAACUCCUGGAAGAUUGCCAACUCCACAGGCUGAGCCCAAGAAAGGAGCAGAUGGCAGUCUGAAAUUCACGUCAGUGAUGCAGAAUUUGCAGGGCGUAUAUCCAAAGCAGGCGAUGAACGACAUCUCGACGAGUUAUUGUUUCAUUUGCUUAUUGCACUUGGCCAAUGAGAAAGGGCUGGUGAUUGAGAAACAAGAGGGUCUGAUGGAAUUGGAGAUAAGAAAGGACCCCACGGCCGAGAUCACCGUGGGUUAG